CUUGCUCUUUCACUCCUCCCGCCAGCUGUCCACCGCUCGCCACCUUUCCCGCCCGUCCCCGUCCGCCGCUCGUCGGCCGUGGAUAUGAAGCGUCAGAAUGGGUUUCAUGGAAUUCUACCUGGAGAUUGACCCGGUCACCCUCAACCUCAUCAUCCUGGUGGCCAGCUAUGUCAUCUUACUGCUGGUCUUCCUUAUCUCUUGCAUCCUGUACGACUGCCGGGGCAAAGACCCCACCAAGGAGUACGCCCCCGACAACGCACCGCCGCCGCCCAGCCAGUCGCCCAUCCGCCUGGUGGUCAUGCAGAACUCGCCCGCCUCCGCUCGCUACGAGCCCAACCACACGGCCCCCCACGCCGAGCUGCAGACGCCCGACCUGAGCCGCGACCGGGGUGAGCGCGAGAAGAGGAGCACGCUGGUGUGAGGGCGGGAGCGGGGGAGGGGCGCGCCCCGGACCCUUGAAUCGUUUUCAACGGCCAUGGAAGGUGCAAACAGGCUUUUGGCGCGACUGCUCAACACUAAGACUACAAGUCCCACAAUUCCUUGGAACUAUUUCGAGCUGCAGUCAAUCAUUGCAGACCCUCGCCCCUCCCAGCGCACACUUUGGGACCAAUUGGCUGAAGCUCAAGGGGUCAUGUGACUCGUAGUCCGGAUGUGGCAUCUCAUGGACGUCUGUCUGCGCUGGUCUGAUAAGUGUCCUGAUUGGUUGUUUGGACCAGAAAAUGACCAUAUUUGGAAAAGAGGCUACUUUGAUGUAAAAUAUGCUGUAUUUUGACAUUCUUAAAAAGACAUUUGAACACAGGAAGUGACCAUAUUUGGAAAAGAGGCUACUUUGAUGUAAAAUAUGCUGUAUUUUGACAUUCUUAAAAAGACAUUUGAUCACAGGAAGUGACCAUAUUUGGAAAAUAGGCUACUUAUAUGUAAAAUGUGCUAUGUUUUGACGUUCUUAAUCAGACAUCUGAUCACAUUAUUAAAGUUUAACAGUGGAAGUUUUAUGAUAAGCACUAUUAGGAGUUUUUUGUUAGCCAUCUUAGCCAGGAAAGCUAAUAUUAGCCAUUAACUGCUAAGUGGACAAAUAAUUUGUUCACACCAAGCUAAUGUUUAGCCCAAAAAAGUUGAAAACAAUAAUUGUAAAUGUUUUUUUCCCGCCAGAUGCAAACGCUAACAAGUACCGGUUAGAGUUUUGACAUUUUUCAUCGCGGCAUUGCGUGAAGAAAUGUUACUCUUAAGGACAAAAUGUCUACCAUCAGCAGUGUAGUCUGUCUUCUUCACCAAAAAAAUAAAUUAAAAAAAUGGACGAGUGUGUCCUUUUUGCUCAUUGGAGGCCUCGGAGGAACAAAUCCUCUUACGUAAAAGCGCCCGGCGCUCCUCUUCCAUAACAGGAAUUGCACAAUUAUCCUCCUGCUCCCAUAUUGCAUGUUUGUGGAUUACGUGCAGAGUAUUAGCAGCGUCUUUUAUGUGUUUGUGCUGCUGUUUUGUCCGCUGGGGGGGCGUUACAUAAGUCUAGUCAUCUGGCGGUGGUACGAGGCUGAGGGGGCGGGGGCUCGCCGCCACACGCAAACCUCAGCGGAGGUGAAAGUUGACUGGCGUUCCCGUCUGACCGUGACGUCAAACCUAAUCUUGGUCAAAACAACAUCUGUGGGUUUUGGCACUCAAACAAGUUUCUGAAAAUGAAUUAAACGCCCUGAUGAU